AUGCGUUUUCUCAUUCUCUCUGCCGUCGCUAUCAUCGUCAUUGGAGCUGCAGUCGUGCCCAAAUCAGUGCAUUCGGAGCCGCACCGUUUGGACAAGAAAGAUUCCAUCGAACGGGAGAUUAGCGAGGCUCUAAAGGAAAUCGAAACGUCGCGCGACAUCCUCAAAGUGACGAUGACCAUGUGGGAUUCAUGACUUCAAGCGUUGUGUUCAUUUUCAUCGUUUCAGGAACGAGACGGACUCGAUGGAUGAGAGAUCGCCAGACGGUUUCCUUCGUGGAAUCGAAGACGUGUUCAGUGGAAUGUUCACCGCUCUUCAGAAUUCGCAUGUUCCAUUCUUUGGUGAGCAACAAGAGAGCCGUUCGGUCGGCCCGGCUGCCAAUAUGACCGCUGAUCAAGCCACUCAAGGUAGGAAAAUUACAAUCAAUCCGCAGAGAAACGGUGCUUCUUCAGACCUGCUCACCCGUACUCGCACGGAGCUCAAGGAAGACAUCGACUCUCUGCGUUCUUACCUCGACAGCGUCCGUAUGGAGUUCGACGAGUGGAUGGUAAUUGAAAAGAAGGAAGACGACAAUUGAAACGGCAUCACUUUUAGAUCUCGAACAGACACCAGGAGUUCAAGUCGAUGAUGAUCGGAGGACUGUCGGCCGUCUUCGUUCUUUUCGUCUACUACAUUCUCUGCAAAAGCUGCCGCAGACGUUCCCGCAUGAACCACCUCUCCGCUUUUGCCAACGAAGGAUUCGGAUCGCGUCACGGAGACACUGAAGGUCUGCUGCCGACGACUUCUAAGAAAGGCCACCGUUUUCCAUCGAACAGCGACGAGGAUAUCUAA